AUGUCAAAUGCCAUUUUGAAUGAUCUUCCUGAAGAUGUAUUAAUGGAUAUAUUUUCAAGAUUACCAGUUAAGACACUCCUUCAAUUCAAGUCAGUUUGCAAAUCAUGGUAUGAUAUUAUCAAAGAUCCCGUCUUCAUCACUAAGCAUGCUAACAGAUCUAAUCAUGGCAACAAUGGCUAUCUUGCUGUCACACGCCGCGAUGACACUUUUGGUAGUACAUGUUUAAUUUCUUUGUUCUCUUUUGAAACAUUUCGUGAAAUUUACAACAUAACUAUUCCAUCUAAAAAGGAACAUAGUAAGGCACCUUUCAGAAUUGUUGGUUCAUGCAACGGUGUCUUGUGUCUAAAUGUUUCUAAAAUUGGAGACACAAAUUUUUUGUUUAAUCCUGCCACCAAUGAAUUCAAAGAGCUCCCAAAACCUGAUUAUCCAGUAAAUGACCUUGGUGAAAAUAAAAUUCUUUUAUAUAUUGGUCUUGGAUUUGGUCACAACCCGGAAACUAAUGACUACAAAUUGGUCAGAAUUUCUUUUUGUAAGAAGAUGAAAGAGUCAUUUUAUUCUACAGUUGAUGUGUACUCAUUGAGCAGAAAUUCUUGGAGAAGAAAGGAUAAGCUUGUGCAUGGAACUAUUUCGGGGAACACUUUUUCUAAGGGGGACUUAAAUGGUGCUUUACAUUGGAAGGGUGCAAUUGAGAAAAAGAAGGUGAUUCAUCAUAUUAUCAUAUCGUUUAAUAUUAGAGAUGAAGUGCAUGGCUACAUAAAAUUGCCUGCUGGAAUUGAACUUGAUAACAAGGAUUGGCACCCUUUUGUAAGGAAUGGAUUACUUUGUAUCGUUGUUGUUAGUUCAAGACGUCAAUAUGAACCUAGAUUUGAUACUUGGGUGAUGAAUGAAUAUGGGGUUGAAGAAACUUGGACAAAACAAUGGAGUCUUGGACCUCUCCUAGCAUGGAACUUGGUUGGAUGUGGCAGGAAUGAAGAGCUUCUCUUUGCAGCUUCCACAAGAAUGUACCUUUAUGAUCUACAAAAGAUAAAACCUCCUCAUGAUAAUAUUCUUGAUGGCGAUAUUUUGGGAAGUAAUUUUGUAGACAAGAUAGAGGUGGUCAAUCACAUUGAGAGCUUAGUCACAAUUGAAGGAACAAAAGUCUACGUCAAAAGGCGUAAAAGGUCUUGGUUUAGGGAGAAUCAAUUUUUGCUCUUUGUUAUUUUUCUUAAAAUCAUAUCGCUCACCUUGUGUUUACUUAAGAUCAAAUAUCGUGUAUGA